UUUUCAUGUUGGUUGGAUAAAAAGGUUGGAUCGUUGCAUCGCUUUUAUCAACUUUAUUAAGUCGAUAGGCAAUAUUAAAUUGCCGCAAAACAAUAAAAUGGUAAUAUAAGUGGUGAACAUCCGAGUAAAAUCCAUUAAACAAUAUGAAUAACAUUUAUGGAUAGCUACUAAGAUUAAAGGUAACUCUUGAAAGGAUUAAAUGUGGGAGAAGAUGAAUAUGCGGCCGCUGAAAAGGCCCCGGCUGGGCCCCCCAGAUGUCUAUCCACAGGAAGCGAAACAACGGGAAGAUGAACUGACCUCGACUCACGUCAAGCAUGGAUUUGCUACCGAGCAUAAAUUGUCGGAGGAGUUUGGAACGGCUCGGAAUUGUAAUGUUACUGCUAGUAAAGUAGGGGCAUAUUUCAAUGCUAUAUUGGCGAGAAAGGAAGAGCUCAUGACACUUCCGGAUUCCGGCAGAAAGAAACAGCAAAUCAAUCCGAAGGAUAACUUUUGGCCAGUCACAGCUAGAAAUAAGGCUACCCUGGAUACGUGGUUUAAAGACUUGGCCGGUACAAAGCCGCUCAGCAGCUUAGCCAAGAAAGCACCAAGUUUUAACAAGAAGGAAGAAAUUUUUUCUAUGCUUUGCGAGAAUCAAGUUACAAUGCAAAGAGCAGCAUGGUUUAUAAAACUAAGUUCCGCUUAUACAGUUGCUGUUUCUGAAGCUAAAAUAAAAAAACGUCAAAUGCCUGAUCCGGCUACGGAGUGGACUGGAACACUGAUUAAAUUUAUGAAAGACUUAAUACCGAAAUUGCAUGAACAUUACUAUCAAGGACCGGUACAAGAGAAAAGCUCUAGCAUAGGUGGGCCGCAAGGAGCUACGGGUGGAAUGACACCGAACUCCAGUAUGAACGCUAACCCUCCGACAAUUCCACCCCCACUUUCAAGUCCUGCUGGUAGUCUUCAUAGUCCAGCUGGUUCAAGUUUAGGAGGAGGCGGUCCGCAGCAGAACCAACCAGCUACUUCGCCACAGGAGGAACAAAAGUUGGCUUAUAAACAGUGGAAUUAUUGCACCCAACUUUGCAAGUAUAUGUACGAAGAGGGACUGCUUGACAGAGCUGAGUUCCUCAACUGGGUUUUAGAUUUGCUGGACAAGAUGAAAUCAUCACCUGCGUGCGAUGAUGGAAUUUUGAAAAUCUACCUUCCUCUAGCUAUGCAGUAUUUAUCGGAUUUUGUACAAUCGGAGCGCUACUGUCGUCGCUUAGCAUAUGCGGUUUGUAAGAAGCUGGCUCAUCUGAUCAACUUUAUGGCCGACAGUCAAAAUAUCAAUUUGGCUAAUCCAGAACCGGUGCACGUCGAAAAAGAAGGAUUGGAACGCAAAGAUAAAUCUGACAAAAGCUCAAAAGAUGCUGAGCUAAAGUCUGACCCGGCCGCACUUAACAUAAAUCCGUUUGACACUAUUUUCGCAGAAUACAUGAACUGUUCGCAUCAUCACGACCUGUUGCUUCAACUGUCCUCUAUCAUACAGGUCAUUACACUUGAAUGUCCUACGGCUCUGGUGUGGUGUGGCAUCGGCGAGACUCGUUCUUCCUCGGUUCUUACUGGUAGUCCGUUGGAUCAUCUACCGAUUGCUCCGUCCGCAUUGCCAAUGCCUUCUCGGUGUGAGAAAUCCAACAAAGAAACGCGAGAAAGGCUAAUGGAGGCUGAAGAAAGCAUUAAACUACGUUCACGCCAUGCCGAGUCCCGAUGGUGUGUCGACAAAUGGCAAACGGCAACGGGGAAUGCAAGUCUGAAAAUACUGGCAGUUUUGGAUGCACUCGAUGGGCAUUGCUUCGAUAGAAUGGAUUCCAACAAUUCACUGGACACGUUGUAUCAGAAAAUAUUUCCUCCUUUGCAGCUACAAAAGGAGCCGGCAAGUGCGGGUGCAGCUGGUGCGGGGCCAGCACCUGAGGGGAAAGACGGCACCGGAAGGCUGUUGGAUUAUAAUGCGGAUCAAGAUGGAUCAAUUGUUAAGAUAUUGUGCGAAUGGGCAGUUUCCUGGCAACGUUGGGGUGAGCAUCGAGCAAUGGCUGUGGCAUGGCUGCUAGACAAAAGGCAGAGUGAAGUACUUAAUACGUACGAGAAUGAGAAUGGUAACAAUAACAACUUAAACGACGAUAAGGAUUCUGUGAUAUCCGGAGGAGGUCCUGGGAAUGGUCAACAAAUUUUCCAAAAUAUUCUGAUGAAUUUUCUCGAUAAUGAUGCCCCGAUUUUGGAGGAACACGGAACGCAGCAGAAUAGAAGUCAGUUUACCAAUUUAGUUCACCUGUUUAAUGAAUUGAUUCGGCACGAUGUAUUUUCACACGAUGCCUACAUGUGCACGUUGAUUUCCAGAGGAGAUUUGUUGACCGGAACCGGAAUGUCGUUAAUAGAAACCCAACCUAGUUGCAACACGGGUCUAGGUACUGGUCCAAUCUCCAACAAACCAGCUACUUCGUCACCGAACAUCAAUCAGGGCCUUGAUGAAGAUGUUAUUCAGAAUGAUUUUAAAGCUAAAUUGGAAGACCUCGAUGAUUCAAAUGUUGACGAUGAUUUAGAUAAACUUUUGCAGCACAUCAAAGAGGACCAGCAGAAUUCGAUGGAUGCUCCUGAUAGUCCUAAGGAUCCUGAACAAUCGGCAGCUCAGGUGAAUCCUACGAGCAGUAAGACCGAAUCUUCCAGUCGACAUUUCUUGUAUACGGAACAUUUUCCGCUCUGCCAGGAUGAUCCGAUAACACAGCAUGAUUGCAAUCAAAGGUAUAUAUUAUUGUAUGGCGUCGGAAAGGAGCGCGAUGAUAAAAAGCACGCCGUAAAGAAGAUGGCCAAAGAGAUAUGUAAACUGUUUUCGAAGAAGUUUAGCAUCGAUGUGGCUGAAGGAGGUAAAGUAAAGAAACAUUCCAGAAACGAAUUCAAUUUCGAGGCAACGUCGAACAAGUGCCAGUCGAUGUCCUACUUUGAUCAGCACAUGGUGACUUGGCAGUGCGCUGUACAAGUACAGGAAAUGUUGAACAGCUUUGCUCUUGGAAACAGUAACUACCUUCCGGUACAGGAACAUGUGGCUUUUUUGUUCGAUUUGAUGGAAUCGGCUUUUAACAUUUACGGUCUGAUCGAUACGUGCAUUCAAAUUCUGAAGGAACUUCCGGAAGUGGAGCUACAAAUCAGUAAAAAUUCUGGACUCGUUAAAAGUUACACCACUUCUCUCAGCUUGUACGUGGUGGGUGUUCUGAGGCGCUAUCACUGCUGUUUGUUGCUAUCGGCCGAACAAACGACUGCCAUUUUCGAGGGCCUAUGUCGAAUCGUCAAGCAUGUAACGAAUCCAAGCGACUGCAGUUCAGCCGAACGUUGUAUUCUGGCCUAUUUGUAUGAUCUGUAUUCUGCAUGCUCUUCGUUGAAAACUCGUUCCCAGCAGGAACCAUUCCACAAUGCUUAUCCUAAGAUAAAGCAAGCACUGUAUGCACCGCUUCAGCCGACUCCUUCGGCACACACAUACAAUCCGCAGUUCAUGGUAGAUGUUAUCACAAACCCACGGCGUGGUGGAAAAAUCGAGCCGGCAUGGGUCCGCCAAUUAAAUGAAUCUCCUUCCAAUCGGUACAGUUUUGUGUGCAAUGCUGUUGUGGCUGUUACGCGAGAUAUCGAUAAUGACACGCUGAACGAUAUCGCUGCAAUGUGUGCCGAAUUGACCGCAUGUUGCAAUGCCCUCAGUACCGAGUGGCUAGGAGUUCUUAUCGCUUUAUGCGGUUCUAGCAAGGAUGCCGGUUAUUAUGUGGACGUCAUCACACAGGUCGAUAUUCUCAAUACUAACAUUCACAAUGCACUGUCCGUUUUUACUAGCAUCUUAGUCGCACGGCACUGUUUUUCACUGGAAAACUUUGUUGCUCAUGUAGCUUUGCCGGCUUUGGUUCAGGCUUGUAAAGGGCGAAGUGAAACUACUCCGGAGAUAGAAGCUGGAGCUCGGUUAUCGUGUCACCUUUUGCUGCGGUUGUUCAAGACCAUCGAGUGUCCCCAACCGGGACUGUAUUCCGUAAGCACAUCGCCCAAUCCGAUUACAACCGCCGGUCAGGUGCACAAUAUAAAGCUGAGUUGCGAUCGUCAUUUACUGGCAGCGGCUCACAAGAACAUUGGCGUUGCCCCGGUUCUGGCUGUGUUGAAGGGAAUUCUCGUGGUUGGCGAUGCCACUGCACAGAAGGCAACAACAUCGAUCUUUGGAAGUGGUAAACGGAGCGGACUCAACACACCGGUUCAUCCGGGCAGUACUCCGAAGCAUGCCGGCGACUUGAGCCAUAUUUUAGGAACCAGUGAUUUGUCGAUCCUGGGCAAUACGGACGACAACAUGCUGGAUCUAACGAUGAUUGAUUUAGGACAACUCUCGCCGACCACUUGUUCGCGGUUGGUCAUGGCUAACGGCAGGCAAACGAAUGCGACCCAGGACAGCACCACGAGCCUGUCGGACUUUGCUCAGCACGUUUUGCGCCAAAUUUGCUCCCAGGAAUGGGUUCUGGAACGCUGCCUGCAGAAUGCCGACGAGCUGUGCCAGCAGGGGUACCUGAUCGACAACAUGCUAACGGCGAAACAGGCCCAACGACUGCUGCACAUGAUUUGCUAUCCGGAGAAUGAAUCCAACCUGAUCGCCGAUAUGGAUCAGAAAGCUAUUAUUGUUCGAAUUUUGGAAAAUUUGGAGCAAUGGUCAUUGCGGAUUUCCUGGCUUGAUUUACAGCUAAUGUUUAAACAGACCAACUGCAGCUCUCCGGAACUAUCCAACUGGUUGGAUAUGGUGGCACGGGCAGCAAUCGACGUGUUUCAAGUGCACGAAUGCAACAACAUGGAAGCGUUCAGUGGCAAUGCCAGGAACGACAAAAUGAAGCCGUCGAUUUGGUUGGUUGCCCCUCUGGUAGCCAAAUUACCAAGUGCAGUUCAAGGAAGGAUUCUGAAAGUAGCCGGACAAGUGCUCGAAAGUACAAAUAUGUUCAGCAAAUCGAAGGACACCGGCGGCGGAAAUAACAGCAGCAUCGGUAGUCAGGGUGGCAACAGUAACAGUUCUAUCAGUUCAAAUGGAAGCGUAAUGGCCAACAAGCAGAGUUCGCAGCUUAACCAUCAUCCAUUUCUGGGAUUGGUUUUGACCUGUUUGAAGGGACAGGAUGAACAAAAGGAGGGACUUUUGCAGAGUCUUUACUCCCAGUUGUCUCAGUUUUUGCAAAAUCGAGAUUUAGAGACUGUUGGAGGAAUCGAAGAUCCACUAGGAUUUGAAAAAAUGUUGGAUGCUCUGCAGCUACGCUAUUCGCUGGUCGGUGGUAUGUUUGAUGCAAUCCAGAAGAACUCGACUUCCACCAGCGAUUGGGCCAUUCUAUUUGCCCAACUGAUCAGCCAGGGAGUGAUUGAUUUAAGCAACAAUUCGGAACUGUUCACGACUACACUGGACAUGUUGGCAACGUUGAUCCAUUCAACACUAAUCUCGGACAGUCAAUCCGAACGCGAUGAAACCAAGAAGCAGUAUACUAAUUUAAUGAAAAAGCUCCGUAAAGAGCUGGGCGACAGGAAUAACUCUUCAAUUAAAUACGUCCGCCAAUUGCUGCCGCUAGCAAAGCAAACCUGCGAGGUGAUUGCUUGUGAGCCCGCGGGAAGCUCAACGGACGCAAAGGGUAAUAAAAUUAGCAUUGACAGUAUCGAGAAGAAGCAUGGUCUUCGAUUGGCAGAUAAACAGCGCGUUAGCGUUUGGGACUUACUUGAAGGUCAUAAAAACCCGGCUCCUCUCUCGUGGGCUUGGUUUGGAGCGGUUAAAAUAGAACGCAAACCAUUGGCAUACGAGGAAACGCAUCGACUGUUGAAAUAUCACACUCACAGCUUAGUGAAACCCAGCAGUUAUUACUAUGAACCAUUGCCGCUGCCACCAGAAGACUUGGAACCUGUGCCCGACAAACUGAAAGAUGACAUGAAGGCCGAUACUCCAACGUCCGAUCAAUCGCCUGCUCCUGCCGGCAAGAAGGGUAAAUCUCAAGCCCGAAAACGAAAACCAAAAGGUGCAGCUCAAGCACCUCAGUGUCAGCAACCGGCUGGACAAGCACAUGGCAUGACAGGCCAACAGCAAGCUAUAGGGCAGCAGGGUUUACAAGCCGGCCAACAACAACCAAAUCAAGGGCAGCAACAACAGCAACAGCAGCAGGUUUCUAUGACACCGCAGCAAACGAUGCAGCAAUUGCAGAACGCCAAUCUCGGCCAAAUGACCAUGGGAGGUCAAAUGGGUCAGCUGAAUUUGCAACACAUGCAGCAACAGCAAUAUCAACAGCAGAAUCAGGGUCAAAUGAUGGCUCAGCAAAUGGCUCAACAGCAGGGAAUGGGUCAGCAAGGUCUAGGCCAGGGUCAGGGAGCAGGAAUGGGAUCAAUGAUGGGGGGACCGCAACAACAACAACCCGGCCCCAACCAGAUGGGAUUUGUAGCAACUGGUCCCGGAGGUGGUGUCAAUCCUAUGGCUGCUCAAAUGGGAGGACAGGGAGCAGGUGCUGGCAGCAAUCAACAAUGGGGUGGGUAUAAUCCCAUGCAACAACAACAACAGCAACAACCGCAAAUGUUCUACAAUCAGGGCAUGGGCCAGCCCUCAAUGAGUCGGUUUGAUCGACCGCAAUUGAGUACCAACCCAACGAAGCAGGUUUUGUCCAAUAUGCUACGAUCUCGUGUACCGAUGGGAGGAGCCAAUCCUGCAGCAGCUGGUUUUAUACAGCAACAAGCACGUUCCCAGCAACCAUUCAUGCGUGGACCCCUUCGUCCUGGAUUGCCCAAUCAAAUGAUUGCAGGUGGCAUGGGUACGGGCGCUGGCGGUACAAUGAUGGGAUCAGGUGGAAGCAUGAUACAGACCAACAUGUUGAAUCAGCAAAAUCCUGCUCUUGUAGCUCAAGGAAUGAGUGCUGGCAUGGGAAAUGCCGGAAUGAAUACUGGAGGAAUGAUGGGGCAAGCUGGAGGCAAUGCUGCUGCUGCUGGUAUGAAUAAUCCUAGCAUGAUGGGAAUGCAAAAUAUGUCACAAGCUGGAAACAUGAAUGCUGCCAUGGUGAAUCAAGGUAUGAAUCCAGCGAUGGCAAAUACAGGCAUUGCUGGCGGUGGAAUGAUCGGUCAAAAUGGAGCAAGUGCCAAUUCUGGAGGAAUGGGGAACCCAGCAAUGAUGGGAAUUCAAAAUAUGCAGCAGGGUGGACUUCAAUCUGGGAUGUUUCAGGGCCAGGGAGGUCCUUAUCAAAGCAUGAAUCAAAAUUAUCAAAAUUAUGGUAAUCAGGGCAUAGGUCAGCAAGGCGGUCAAGGUAUGAUCGGAAAUUUCAAUCAAUUGGGGCAACAGCAAAGAAGCACGCAAGAGUAUAUUGCCCAGCAGAGAGCUUUGGCAGCCCGGGGAGGUCAAUAUGGACAGCACGCUCCCAAUGUCACGAUGAACAAUAUGGUCAAUCAGGGUGCCGUACCACCUUAUCCCAGACAGGGAGGUAAACCAGGAGCCACUGCAGCACAAACACAGCAGCAGUUCCAACAACAGCAAAGGCUACGGCAGCAAAUGAUGAUGCAGCAACAACAACAGCAAGGGCUGGCACAGCAGGGCAAUUCCCAAGGUAUGGUUCAAAACCAGGGCCAAGGCAUUAGCCAACAGCAAACGCCAAAUCUGGUAGCUCAGCUGCAACGCCAAAUGCCGAAUCAAGGGGGUAUGAUGGGGCAGCAGUACUCGCAUCAACCGCCGCCGUAUUAAGAUGAAAAAACCUCAUGAGAUUGCUUUCGGUUCCUUCAGUCGAAAUUGAGCAUGCGCUUCAUAUUGACAUAUAUUUAUUUUAUCAAUCAUAAUACUUGCUAAUAAUAACAAGAAAAUAAAAUAAUCAGAAUGGUGUAAA